AUGGCUCGACGACGCCAAGUACGCCGAAACCGUCCUCAUAAAUUCCCGAGAGUGUCCUGGGAUACGUACAAGCGGCAGGUCCUGUGCUGCCUCUACCGAUUCUUCGACUGCAGCAAUGAUCAGCUAUCAGAUCUCUUCUCCCAGAUCUUUCGAACCCACCUAAGAGACCGUGGGUUUGGAAAUAAAAAUGUUCCAUAUGGGACACUAAACGCGCAGUGGCGAUGGAUCAGAGGGAACAAGUUGCCUGUGUGGUACCACGUCCAUGUCGUCACCGAUUUUCGCACGAAUGGGGAAUGGAAGGAAAUCAUCCAUCUCAUUCGCCUCACCGCGUUUGAGUUGGGAAUUCUCUUGAAUGAGAAACUCAGCGAUAUGACCAUCAUUUCGGAUGGCGACUUUGACGUCAAUAACGACGCGUCUGAAUUCCUCACAUCUGUAUUGUUGACUAGGCCCAUCAGGCCACAGGAUGCUGGCUCCGUCAACGACCAUGCUGAUGCAUGUGUCCAUUCCUCUGUGGAGACAACAGACGACUUUGAUGGCCAUCAUUCUGGGAAUGCUCAUCUUGAUUCCUCGGCAGCCAGUGCCUCCCUGGUUGAUGGCUUCUCCUCCAACGCAUCUCCAUCCGCAUUUGUCUUAUCUCCAGAGACACCGACAACCGACUUCAACCAGCUGACUCCAACGAGCUAUCUACGAAUUGAGAGGGUUCGAGACAACACGCCCACCCCACAGAGCCGAGCUAUGGCUGAAUCCACUCUUGCCGAUUGUCACAUCACCCCUGACUCGGGUCGAAACUCUGAGCCUUUAGUGACCAGCCAUGGCAAGGUUUGCCUCUGGUGCGAGAUAGAGGGGGCGGAGCCUCAUGACGGCACACCAACUGAGGAACCCAAUGUCAAUGUUGGUGAAAAUCGUGAAACCUUCAACCAGCGGAUUAACGAGCUCGCGGAACCAGCAAAUCCACCAGAUAUUCAGCUCGCAGGCUCACUCGAUGCCAGUAUCGAAGGCUUGAAUGAUCUGCGUCAAUUCUGGGAGCUCCCAGGGCCAUGCGGGGUUGAUAAUCUACCCCACUUGCUCUAUCGGUGGUCCAAUACCAACUCGCAGGGCAUCAACUCGGAGACGUUAUUUGUCGCGGGCUGGUUCACUGAUACCUAUCCUGAUGUUGGUUCCCCAGGACAGAUGUCCGAAACAGACUUCCUUAGUGUGUUCGCGGCCCAUGUGACCAGGGUACAAGUCCCGACACCCUUCAUUUCGGCAUUCGCCCGUCCACUCGCCCCGAUCCAUCGAGCAGUGAGAAACAGGCAAAACGCCAAGGUCUCAAUCAUCGAUCCUCGAAAGCUAGCGACCCCUGUCUUCUAUGCGAAGCCGUUGGCCCAGAUUACUAGAACGACUGUCAAGCGGUGGAAAGGAUAUGGCGAAUACGCAAUUUGGGGUUAUGCCCCCAGUGAGGCAAUUAUCUGUACGUUCGAUAUUGCCGCCCUAGAAGAUAUCGUCUCGUGGGAUCAUGAGAUACAGAAUUUCCUCCAGUUGCAUCUCUUUAACGGGCAAGUGACCUGUCAUCGCGCUCUUCGACGAGACUUGUGCACAAACCUCCGAGAGUGUAGCUACAAAACCAGCCGCUGCAGGCUUCGGCGAUUGGCGUUUUAUCUCGGCCUACCGGAAGAAUACCACGAGUAUUUUGCGAAGGAUAUCCACGACGCGUGGACGAUGGACUUUGGUCCCGCUUAUGAGGGCCGAGAGAAACUCCAGGAACCUGGAACUUUGCCAGCACGCAAUGUAUCGGACGAGGUUGACGAUCUGAAUAGGGUUAUGCGAUGUAACAGUGAAUCCACAACAUCGUAUAUACCUCCGAGGAGCGAUGAUGGAUCGUGUUCGGAGUCAACAUCGGAAGAGGAAGAUAACCUAUCUCAGUCUCCGGAAGCUCCGUGUCCGCGACGGGACACACUGAGCCCCGCGUUCUCUGUUGUGAGUGAUAGUGAUGACUCCGUUCAUGUGAACAUGCAUCGCUCCCGGCCCCGUGUUGUUAUGAUGGCAGAGGUAGCGAUACCACCGACACAACCAAGUACUAGUCGGUACUUUGGCCGCGUAGGCAAUAUCAAUUCAGUAGUCCCCCCGUUGAAUUUGAACCUGUUGAAUCUUUCAAGCUCCCUGAACGAUGAUCAGUACCUUUCUGAAGGAGCUGAGUGGCCCUCGGACGAUGGCACACUUCCUGGUAUCGACACACCAACUCAGUCUCGUUUUUUCGAGCAGCGAGACAAUGAUGGAGCGAGUGGAAGGCCAGCAGUAUCUCGCUUUACAAUCCAAGGGAGGAAUCCCUUGGUACUGAGUGAUGAUGAUAUGGUUGAACUGUGA